AUGGUUUCUCUAAGUCGGGAGCGCGAAAUGCAAAGUUUUCUGCUGCUCACUAUGGUUCUCAAUCAGGAGCCUUAUAGACUGGCUGGCGUCGGUCUUGCUGCAGUUGCUGACGGAAUCGCACUGCACGGUGGGCCGACUGCAAUGUCUGUCUCAAACGCUGUUGUGGAUGAUGCGUUCAAAGAUCUUCAAACUGUGGAACAGCUGUCAAAUUGA